GCUUCUUAAACAUUAGGUCUCAUCAUCGUCUCACUUUUCUUAAUUUUUUUCGUAGUUCAACAAUCAAUCUUCUUAUAAUCAUUAGCCCAUCUAUACUUCAUAGUUUCCUUUGUUCUACUUCUGUUAUCUAUUAAAAACUUCUGUAGCAUAUAGUAAUUUUACUCAGUUUUGACUCAAAUUCUCGUUUCAAUCCGCCAUUAGAAUUCCUUGAAAACUGUAAUACCCUUCUCAAACUUUGACAAAAACCAUCCAUGACUGCAAUUAUAACACUACCAAUCACCACAAGAUCCUUCCUUUGCUACCGCCAUUGUUUCUCCCUCCUUCAAUCUUCCUCCAUUACAUCUAAUUUUUCAUCCCCACUUCAAAAAUACCAUCCUCAUCAAACGUUUUCAACCUUAUCCACAAACCCCAUUACCAAAACCCCACUAAUUGGUCAAAAUGUGGUCGAAAUAUUGGAGCAAAGAGGCCUAAUUGAAUCCAUGACAAGCGAAAAUCUCCGUUCAACUUGUUCCUUGAAAGGUAAUAAUCCUCCAUUAAAGGUCUAUUGUGGGUUCGACCCAACAGCAGAAAGUCUUCAUUUGGGUAAUUUGAUUGGUAUAAUUGUUUUAUCUUGGUUUCAGAAAUGUGGGCAUACACCCGUUGCUGUAUUGGGUGGUGCUACGGGUCGGGUCGGGGAUCCAUCUGGGAAAUCUGCGGAAAGACCAGAACUUGAUGUAGUCACUUUAGAGAAAAACAUUGUGGGCAUUAAAAACAUUUUGAAUACAAUUUUGGGUAGAUUUGGGGACGAUAAUCAUUUAGUUUUGAAUAAUUAUGAUUGGUGGAAAAAUGUUAGUUUUCUUGAUUUUUUGAAAAAUAUUGGUAGGUAUGCUAGGGUUGGUGUUAUGAUGUCAAAAGAAAGUGUUAAAAAGAGGCUAGAAUCUGAACAAGGGAUGAGUUUUACUGAAUUUAGCUACCAAUUAUUGCAAGGUUAUGAUUUUGUUCAUCUUUAUAAAAAUGAAGGGAUUUCAAUUCAAAUUGGGGGUAGUGAUCAAUGGGGGAAUAUAACUGCUGGAACUGAUUUGAUUAGGAAAAUUUUAGCUGUAGAAGGAGCUUAUGGUCUUACAUUUCCUCUUCUUUUGAAGAGUGAUGGGUCUAAAUUUGGGAAAUCAGAGGAAGGGGCAAUUUGGUUAUCCCCUAAAUUGCUAUCUCCUUACAAAUUUUACCAAUAUUUUUUCUCAGUUCCGGAUUCGGAUGUGGUUAGGUUUAUGAAGGUAUUAACCUUCCUAGAUUUAGAGGAGAUAGAAGAGAUUGAGAGAGACAUGAAUAGAGUUGGGUAUGUGCCGAAUUCGGCUCAAAGGAGGCUUGCAGAAGAGUUAACAUGUUUUGUUCAUGGUGAAGAAGGGUUGAAAGAGGCUAUUAAAGCAACUGAAGCAUUGAGGCCUGGUGCUGAGACUAAAUUGGAUUGGAAGACAAUUGAGGGGAUUGCUAAAGAUGUGCCCUCCUGUUCUUUAGCUUAUGGUGAGGUCUUAAACCUUUCAAUUGUCGAGCUUUCGGUUUUGUCGGGAUUACUCGAGAGUAAAUCUGCUGUUCGUCGUAUGCUCAAGCAAGGGGGAUUGUAUCUGAAUAAUAAUCGCGUUGAUAGUGAAAGUAAAAAGAUUGAAGCUGAUGAUAUAGUGGAUGGUAAGGUUCUCUUGUUGUCUGCUGGGAAGAAGAACAAGAUGGUAGUGAGGAUAUCUUGAUUGCUUGGAUUUUUUGGUAACUUAUCAGUUUCAGCAGUUUCUCUUUGGGCGUUAAAAUAGGCAGCAGCAACAGGAAGGCCAAGAUCAUUCUCGGCUGCGAAUUGACGAGUACUGAAGUAAUCUCUUGAUGAAGGAAGAUUUACUACUGCUUGCCUACGUUUCUGUUUGAAUAGUACGAAUACGAAUCUGUGGAUGCCUAUAUUUGGCCUCGGAAUCUCAUACCUUACCAACUCCGUUCCUGCAGUUUAUCGCCUGUUAUUAGUAACAACGGCAGAUUUAGUAAUUUGGGCAAGGGGUCGGGUAGCUAAAAUAAUAUAAAUUCAAUAGCUACUCUCUUGAGAGACCGUCUCUUUGAGAGACGUAUCUCAAGCCCAACCCAUUAAAGAAUAAUAUUUACUGGUCGUAUACUUAAUGUCUGCUUAUAUUAUCCUUAAUGUUUACUUACUGUAUCCUUAAUGCCUACUUUUAAUAUCUUAAACGUCUACUUAUAUAAUUUUUAAUGCCUACUAAUAAUAUUUUGAAAAAUAUAUAAUGAGCCAGCCUAAUUAGAGAUGGUCUCUUAAAAAGACCGCCCCUCACAAGAAUUUGUG